GAGCAGCAGACAGACAGACCGACAGACACAGGAAGAGCUGCAUAGAUAAAGACAAACAGAGGGCAGAACAAACAAUGCACCUAAUGAAAGGAGACAUUUAAUAAAUAUACAUACAGAGAUUGGACAUGGCUAGGUUGGACGUCGUGGAGAUUUUUCAUGGUAUUUCGUUCCCUGGACAUUUACACACCCAAGAUUCUUUGCAACGUGCAGUCGAAUUUCCAUUUCAGGACACGGAUAUCGUCAUUGUCUCCUACCCAAAGUCAGGCACCACAUGGAUGCAGGAGCUCGUGACCCUCAUCUCCAGCAGAGGGAACCCACAUUUGUCCCAGACUGUCCCAAACUGGACUCGGGCUCCCUGGCUGGAGCAGUUUUACUUGGCCUCAGUCUUAGAGGCGUCAACCAUCACGCCUCGAGUCAUCACCACACAUCUGUCUCAGGGCCUCCUCAGCUCUGCUCUCCAAGUCUCCAAAGCCAAGGUCAUCUACGUGAGCCGAAACCCCAAAGAUGUGGCGGUGUCCUUUUACCACUUCCACAAAAUUGCCAACUUCCUCCCUGAUGCCGGCUCAUUUCCAGAGUUUUUGAACAAAUUUCUCGAAGGCAAAUUGCAAUACGGCUGCUGGUUUGACCAUGUUAAAGGCUGGACUAGUCAGACAACAUCGAUGGACAACCUGCUGCACAUCACCUACGAAGAGAUGUCCCUGGACCUCCGUGGUGUAACAGAAAAAGUAAGCUCUUUCCUACAGUGUCCUCUGGUGGACGAUGAGGUCAACAACUGUGUGGCACACUGUAGCUUCAACAGCAUGAAAGACAACAAGAUGGUGAACUACACGCUUGUUGCAGAAGAGAUCAUGGACCACAAGAAGGGCUCCUUCAUGAGGAAAGGUAAGAUCGGCGAUUGGAAGAACAUGUUCACAGAAGAGCAGAAUCAAUAUUUUGAUGAUGUCUUCAAAUCCAAGAUGCAAGACUGCCCUUUAGAGUUUAUAUGGGAAGACCAAGAUGACAAGGACACCCACAGAAACCCCACUGAAGCCCACUGAAGAGCUGUUCAGCCUGACUCGUCUUUGUCUGUAGUUUCAAGUGAUAAAUGAUGUACAACAUAAUCUUGUGCAGAGGCAGAUAUGAAGGAGUGAACAGUGACAUGGAGUACUCUUUUGGUUCUCAUUUAUUUCAUGUGUGUAUGAUAUGAUGAUUAUUCACUGCGUCUUUUUACAUUUGAAUAAAUCAGAUAAACUCAGUCUACUCAUU